CUUGAACCCCCUUAUACGAAGUUACGAAUCACCCUAGUUCAAUUGACGAUUGAACGUUAACGAACGUUCAGUCAAUUUUCGGAUCCUAGUAAGUUAGGACUUUGUGUACACCUGCCACUUGUAUUGCACUUGUCUCAGCACCUUAAUUCUCUUUAUAAAAGAAGUGACUGUUUUCCUUCUAAUACCUACGGGAGUUAUUAAUUCUCAGUCUUCGUCUUUGUCUCAAACCGUGUACCAUUGUUUCGCUCUGUCAAGGUCAGGAUCGUGGGUUUGAUCGAGUUGCAUCUUGUAUCAGGAGCAAGUUCAUAAAAAGGCUGCAAAAAUGUCACUUUUUGGUGGUACCACAACGCAACCCUCAACAAAUAUCUUCGGUACCACGAACGCCCAGCAACAGCCUGGGCAGACGACGAGUACCACGAACGCCCAGCAGCAGCCGGGGCAGACACUCGGUGCCCAAACCACAAGCAUCUUCGGUAACACGAACGCCCAACAGCAGCCUGGACAGGCAACGGGUGGCAGCAUCUUCGGUAAUACCUCCACACAGCCAUCUACGUCCGGUACAACUUUCUUCGGAACGCCUAGUACGGCGACGAGCACCACUGCAGGUGCGGGCGGCGGGAGCUUGUUUGGGAAUACCACGACGCCACAGUCUGCAGGGACUGGUUCGUCUGGGACUACCAGCACUCAGCAACAACAGCAACCUGCAGCUGGUUCAUCUGGGAAUACCAUCACUCAGCAACAACAGCAACCUGCAGCUGGUGGUUUGUUUGGUAAUACCACGGCCAGUACAACCCAGCAGCCUGCUACGGGUGGUCUGUUUGGAAGUACGAACUCGAACACGCAGGCACAGACGCAGACGCAACCUACAGGAACAAGUCUGUUUGGGAACACGUUGACUCAACCUGCUGGGAACUUGUUUGGGACUGCAGGUACCCAGCAGCAGCAACAGCCACAGCAAGGCGGGAGUCUCUUCGGAAGUACCACGAUCCAGCAGCAGCAACCACAGAGUAGUAGUCUCUUUGGAGGUACUACGACCCAACUGCCCGCUCCCGGUACUGGCGGGCUGUUUGGAACGUCGACCACUCAGCCAAGUACCGGUGGAAACUUGUUUGGUGGUACCAGUUCCCAAGCGCCAGCAUUAGGAGGGAGUACUCAGCAGCAGCAGCAGCAGCAGCAACCUGCAACCAGUAGUCUGUUUGGUAACACGACGACUACUCAGCAGCCCGCCACGGGUAAUGUCUUUGGGAGUACGACCACUCAGACACAACCUGCAGGAACAAAUCUGUUUGGUAAUGCGACAGCUCAACCUCAACCUGCUGGAAACUUGUUUGGGAAUGCAGGUACCCAACAACAGCAGCCGCAACAACCGCAGCAGGCUGGGGGUCUCUUUGGAGGUACCACGGCCCAGCAGCAGCAACCACAGAGUGGUGGUCUCUUCGGAAGUACUACGACCCCACAGUCUACUACCGGUACUGGUGGGCUGUUUGGAACAUCAACGACCCAGCCAAGCGCUGGCGGUAGUCUUUUUGGCGGUACCAGUACGCAAGCACCAACUUCAGGAGGGCUUUUUGGUAGCACGACAGCCCAAGCUCCAGCUACUGGAGGUGGCCUCUUUGGCAGUGCGACAACGAACUCAAACCCGUUGUUUGGGAAUAAAAAUCCAGCGAGUAUCUUUGGUACUGCGCCGGCCCCCUCCUCGACCACUCCAACUCUAUUUGGUCAAUCCCAAUCCGCGCAACCUAUUGCUACCCCUUCGCUAUUCGGCCAGUCCCAGCAGCAGAAACCAGCUGGCUCCCUGUUUGGCUCAGUGAAUCAGCCUGCGCCGAGUACAGCCACUGGAGGGCUUUUUGGCAGUACGCUAGGUCUUCCACUAUCUAAUUCACUUCUCGCAUCGCGAGGCACUGCACCUGCACAACAACAGGAUCCUCAGUCACAAUAUGCAGUGCUUGAGCAGAAAAUCCAAGCAAUUGUACAGGCCUGGGAUCCUUCUUCGCCAGCAUGUCGCUUUCAGCAUUAUUUCUAUAAUCUCGUUCCACCAGCCCAAGUAAACGCUUUCGGCAGGCCUGCAAAUGCCACAAACGAGGCGCUUUGGCAACGGGCAGUGCACGAUAACCCUGAUCCUAGUUGUAUGGUACCUGUUCUGGCAGUUGGCUUUGACGAUCUGCGUCAGCGCGUAGACGGACAAAUGAGGCAAGCCACAGAACAGCAGAAAAAUUUGAUGGAGCUAAAAAAGCGACUGGAAUCGUUAUCCGCGAGACAUAACGAUAGUAACGCAUCACGUUUACAGCGCGCAAAGUCAAUCCAAUCACAAACCCAGCACCGCCUGUUGUGCCUGAUCCAGCACAUGCAUCUGAUGCUACCUACUGUCCGGUCUACGGCGAUACGUCCCGAAGAGGAGGCACUACGUCUAGCGCUCGAGGAGAUUGAAGAAGAAAUAAGAAGACCAGGUGGGAUGAGUAAGAUGCGAGGAAAGCUGAAUGAGCUUUGGGCACUCGUAGGGGCUAUCAACGCUGCCCGCGAGAGAGGCAGAAGAGUGGGGCUCGAUGGAACCUCUGAAUGGACAGUCGUCGAUGAGGAGGGCCUCAAGCAGAUCGCUCAGAUCUUGUCCAAUCAGCAAGCUGGUUUACAGCAUUUGACGAAGGUGUUGCAACGCGAUCUUAGGGAUCUGGAAGUGAUAUAUGGAAGAGAGAGCUAAUCGGAAGCUCCGCAAUUCGCUCGAGCAUGCUGCUUUGUUAUUGUGAUCAUGAGCUCCACAUUAUUUUUGUAAUUGAAUAGAUAGAAUUGUAGGUAGACAACAAUCGAUCAUGAGCGUGCGAGUCGGCCACC